AUGGCAACCGGCGUUCCGCAGGAACCCGAGCCCCAGGCACCGGCGAUCUCUCACCACAUUGGUACAAUCCUCUAUUAUCUCCAAAACUAUAGGAUUGUCGUUGUCUCCGCGGCGCCAGGCUCCGGCAAGUCCACGGUGCUCCCCCGAUACCUCGCCAAUUAUGGCUUCGGCCCGGUCAUCUGUGCGCAGCCUCGGCUCUUCGCGGUGACCGUGGCCUCGUCGAAACCCGGACAGGAGCGGGAGUCCGACGACGUCUGGUUCACGACCACCCGGGUGCUCAUCGACAUGUUGUGCUGCGACAGGCCGGCCUUCGCCGCGGCGUUCCGCACGAUCGUCGUCGAUGAGGCACACGACCGCACGCUCUGCACCGACCUCCUCCUCGGGGUAGUCAAGGCCGCCGUGGCGACGGAGGAAAUGGGGCACCUCAACGUGGUCGUCUGCACCGCCGGCGGACCGGAAGACAGCUCGCUCAGCGACUUCUUCUUCGGCGCGCCGAUCGUCGCGUUCCAGCGCGCGGUGCACCCCGUCGCGGUGCACUACUCGCGGGGGCCCAUGCUCGACAUGGUGAGCGCGGUGGUCGAGGAGGUGACGGACAUCCACAGGUCGAAGCCGCCCGGCGACGUGCUCGUGUUCUUGCCGGAUAUCAUCCGCAUCCGGGAGGCCUACGAGAAGCUUGAGCAGCUCGACAUGCCAGGGCUGGUCCUCUGCCUCAUUCACGACAACCUACCGAAAGAGUUCAUGGACCACGCACUGGACCCUGCGCCAGGUGGAUCGAGGAAAGUCGUGCUGGCGACGGACGUGGCCGAGACGGCUGUUCUGGUCCCCGGGAUCACAGGACCCGCUUGCGAUGGUCUCCAAGGAGGCGGCAAUCAGGCGGGCAGCGGUGGCCGGCGCCGCCUUUGCGGGGCACUGCCACCGGCUCUACAUGGGGGCGAGUACGCUGGAUUCCAAGAGCACACAGUUCCGCACGUCAAGCGAGAUGGCGGCGCGCUCAACAAGCUCGCGCUGAUGCUCAAGAGACACGCUGCCGAUGGCAUGCCGGGCUUCGAGCUUCUUGACCCACCAGUGGCGCCAUCACUGGAGAAUGUUGUUGCUGAGCUCGUCACCAGCGGCUACCUGGAUAAGCAUGGCAAACUGACAGAGAAAGGGAAACGCGAAGCAUACGAUGAAGACUAG